CGUCACGUUAGUACACAAGAUGGCAGUGGCGACUCCGUGCGGAACGAAUCGCUGCGGCAAUGAACGAAAACAGCUGAGAAAAGAACUAGAGAGGGGCCGGAAAAACCUCAUUGCGUAUAUUGGUCUUGAAUGCGUUGUGGAAAGCCUUUUUGGCCUUGACUUCGUGAAGAAGAUAUCUCCCUUCAAAGAUGACGAGGAGGAUGAGCAGACCUGCCAGGACUGGAAGGGGGAAGAGAAGUGUCUGCUGUGCCAGGCCAGACAGCAGGCCGUGGAGGAUACCAUUGCUCAGCACCAGGCCUACAUAGACAAGCUGGAGUGCGGCUUGACCAACGGCCGAGCUGGCCGGCCGGAGCACACGUCGCAUCAGCAGAGGCUGCAGCGGGCGGAACAGUGGCUGGCCAAAUCAGUGAAUGAUAUCCACACCCAUGAGGUGGAGUAUGGCUCGGACGGAGAGCAGAAUCAGCCACUGGACCUCAGCCGGCAGGGCAAUCUGGAGAGGGAGGCUGCCCUGAGUGAGGGGGUGCUGGGCCUCUCCAAUAAGCAGCACAUGCUCAAAGUGCCCUCGGUCACGGUCCACAGGCCAGCCAAGAAUAAAAUGGGUCGGCCCACCAAAGGGUAUGGCUCGGCCUCCUACACCCAGGACGACUUGAAGCUGGCCCUUCAGGAAGUCCGGUCUGGCAAGGUGGGCACCCGGCGCGCUGCCAUGCUGUUUGGCAUCCCCCGUUCGACCAUCCGCAACCACCUCAACCGCCACAGCUUCCUUGUUGUGGAGGAGGACAGUGACAUCUUGGAGGCGCAGGAGCUGGCCGACUUUGGCGGCCGGGGGAAGGGCGGCCUGGAGGAUGGGCUCGGUCCCGACGGGAAGCCCCUGUCCAAUGGCAGCAGGUUCCACGCCCAGGACGAAGGCGAGGACAUCGUCGCCCGCCUCCGCAGCUUCUUGGUCGGCCGCACCAUCCCUGUGAAACACCUUGACGAGGACCUGGAGAACGGCAUCAGUCAGGAGAUCCUGCAGGACCUGGUGGCCUCCUGCGUCCGGCUCAGCCUGGUGGCUGGUCUGGAUGUGGACCAGUUGCACAAGGAGAAUAUCACCAAGCACCGACAACAUCAAGAUGAAGAGUCCAAACUACCACAGCACCUCUUAGAGAAACUCAUACAUUGCCAUUUGACUGCCGAGCAGGCCUGUGCAAAAGUCAACGGCAGCUGUGACCCCAAAGCCUUGAAGACAUCCAUCAAGCAGCCGCGCCCGCAGACUCUGCCUGACCUUAAGAUCCCCCUCUACAAGCCCAUGAACUCGUGCUCGGAUAACCAAGAAUCGGACAGUGAUGAGAACAAGAACGACAAGUCAGACAAUCAGGAUGGAGGGGACUUGCAGAACUGGCAGCAAGGCUACAGCCUGAAUUCUAACAAGCCCUCCUCUCCGCAAGCCUCUCAACGAUCUGGCUGCUCUCAAGACGGGUCAGGGAAGCGCCCAAAGCGAGGUCGCUACCGCUGCUAUGACCGCGAUUGCCUGAUGCAAGCAGUCAACGCCGUCCAAAGAGGGGAGAUGACAGUCACUCGUGCUGGGAACGUCUUUGGUGUUCCGCAUUCCACGCUAGAGUAUAAAGUGAAAGAGCGCCACUUGAAACGUCUCGGCAAGCGAAUCGGCAGCCAGAAAGUCAAGACGGAGUAUGAUCCCGGGGAGCCGUCCAGCACUCAAGGCCUGCCAACGAGCGUCUACCAACAAGAAGCCCAACAGAUGCCUGCGGUCAGUGAUGUGCACCGGCCUUUUGAGAGCUUCGCUGAGAGGCUGCGCGCAAUGAGUGAGAAGCAAGCCAUGCACAACAACCUCAAUUUCCUCAAGCAGAGUCUGGCUGGGCCCCAGCAGCAGCAGCAGCAGCACCAGCAGCCCACUGCGUACCUCGCCCAGACCUUGCUGGCCCCGGCUCUUGGCAUCAGCCCAGAGCUGGCUGACAAAUACUACGUGCUCGACGGCCAGCAUGCGGCCGCCUUGGCCUCUCACUCCCUGGGCCUGUCCAAGCACUGGAUUGGUUGGCCUGUGCACCCUGCCUUCAAAACUGCCGCCUAUCCCCACCUCAAGGAUGGGCUGAAUGGAGGCCCGGCCGUCCUCUAUGCCGCGCCUGAUCUGGUGGGCAUGCGGAAUUCCUCCGUGAGUGACGCCAUCAACCGGCUGGUGGAAGCCCAGAUUUACGACUCUCUCUACGGUGGGGAGCCUCAGCCGCCGACUUUGAGAGGCACAGGUAAGGGCGAGGGUAGACCGAGCCAGUUAGAGUCCACAAUAAGAGAGGCCUUGGAUGCGGGGCCCUCAACAUCUAGUGUCAAGCAAGAGCCAGCAUCUCCUGACGGGGUCCGAAGCUAUAAUUCGGGGGUGGGGGAAGGGUCCAAGAAGCGAUCUCACCUGCCUGAUGGUGAGCCACAGCACAUUGCUAGCAAAAUAUCAAGAGCCAGUCAGGAAUGACAACUGCUCUGCGUACUUGGUUGUAAACUUAAAAAAAUUUUCAACGUUUUGGCACUUCUGAAAGAAGUCGGUUUGACAGGAAUGCAGUUAACAAGUACACAAAGGUUCCUUGUACCAUUGGGGGUUGCAGGGAAAAAGGAUGCAUUUUCUUUUACCAGUUUUUGCUCUUACCAAGUGAACAGGAAGAGCUCCUGUUGCAACUUGGCUAGAUCUUGGGAUGUCAAAAUGCUGCAUAGGAAUAUUUUACUCGCUUGCGGUUUAUUCUGCAGUGCACAAGAUAUACUUUGCUUCUUAAGAGGAUGUUACUGCAGGGAUGCAUGUAUCCGAAUACUUGCCUGUAGCAACAUUGUUUUUGGUCCUGUACAUGUUAAGAUAUUGAUGAAAUCUUAAUGACGCACUUGUACAGUUGUACAAGGAGAGUGUACUUUCAUUUUUAUCAAAAUGAUGAAAUAGUCUCCGGGUAUUAGCCAAGGUGCUAAUAGCAAAUUUUUAAGCAACUAGGGUGUGCUACAACCUUUUUAACUUAUACUUAACUGUGUUUAGGAAUAGCUAAAUAUUUCUCCUCUCCCUUUCUGUUUUUGUAACUUUUUAGGAUGAAAUCAAACACAAAUUUUCAAAAACUAUACAUUUGUAUUUAAAUUGUAACUC